AUGCGGCACUUCUCCUCCCUCCCGCGAGUGCUCCGCCGGAGCGCCGCCCCCAAACCCCACACCCACAGGCCGCGGACCGCCGCCCCGAAACCGCACCCAUCCUCGACCUCCCCCGCGCCGGUUCCCGACGCCAAGGCGCCCGAUGCGCCGGCGCCGAUGCCGACGAGGCCAUGGGAGGAGGCCCUGGACGCGGCGCAACGCGCGUUCUGCCUGCCCCUCGCCGGCCGCGUCCUCGCCGCCGCUGGAACCGGCAACGCCGCCGUGUCCCCCGCCGGAGUCCACGCCGCGCUCGCCCUCGCCGCCUCCGGCGCGCAGGGCGCCACGCGGAGGCAAAUGCUCGGCGCGCUGGGCUGCGGCGGCGGCGGCAAGGGCGCCGCGGCCGACGCCGCCAACGUGGCGUCGCGUGUCGUCAAGCGCGUGCUCAGGGACCGGGCCAAGUCUGGUGGGCCGCGGCUCACGUUCGCCUCUGGCGUGUGGGCCGACGCAUCGAGGACGCUCUCGCCCGAGUUCGUGGACGGUGCGGGUGGCCUCUACGGCUCAGUGGCCAAGACGGCCGACUUCAAGGGCACGCCAGAAGAUGCUGCUGAGCAAAUUAACUCGUGGGUCAGCAAGUCCACGAAACAAACCAUUACCUCACUCCUUCCAGAUGGAAUAAUUGACCACAAUACAGGGCUUGUACUUGGGAGUGCAGUGUAUUUUAGAGGCAGAUGGCUGGAUAAGACUGAUAUAGGGAAGACUGCUGAACAAAAAUUCUACUGUCUGGAUGGAACACCUGUCCUGGUGCCCUUUGUAGAGUAUGACAGGACGCGUCUGUUUGCAGUGCAUGAUGGGUUCAAAGUUAUUAAGCUUCCUUACAGGCAAGGAAAGAAUGAACGGAAGUUUUCCAUGUACAUUUUUCUCCCAGAUGCUCAUGAUGGCCUGUUUGAAUUAUCCAAAAAGAUUUUCUCUGAGCCAACUUUCUUGCAACAACAUUUGCCAACAGAGAAGCGCCAUGUUGGUAUUCGGGUGCCCAAAUUCACGAUAUCUUUUCAGAUCGACAUGAAGGAUUUUCUGAAAGAUAUGGGCCUUGAAUUACCAUUCCGCCGUGAUGCAGAUUUCAAAGAUAUGGUGAAGGAAGAUGACUCCAAGGAACCUUUGUUUCUAUCUGAUGUACUUCAUAAAGUAAUCUUAGAGGUGAAUGAUGAUGAGAUUGAAGAAACUUCUGUGAAUCAGAGCACAGGCAAGCCUUUACCAAGAGAGCACUUCGCUGCCGACCACCCAUUUUUCUUUGUCAUUCGAGAGGAAGUGUCUGCUACAGUUAUCUUCAUGGGGCAUGUGCUUGAUCCUUCAUCACAGCCGUAGAAUCAGGUUUGUCUGAUAUUUGGUGGUGAAUGAAGCACAAGCGUGUGAAUCUGUGCCUGUGACACUAUUUAACCUCACACUGAUCAAAAGUGAAGAAUUUCCUGAUGAAGUUCAGAUGAAAGGAAACAAGGGUAUCAUAGUCUCACUGCUUAAGGUUCUGUCGGCACCAAGAACUGUACCUGACAGUUAUUGUCACCGAUCUGGGAACCACGAGUAGAAUAGAACACUAAUAAAAAUACUCAAAUGUGGGAAUGCCCUUGACGAGGUGAGCAAUUCCCAGAGAGGAUGAAAGUUUCUUUUUCAGCUCUCUUACGCUUAAUUCACAAGGCAACGGUUGCUUCUUCAGCUUCACCGAUGGCUACACUCUACUGACAGUGUCGGCGGCUUCGGGCUUUCUUCCUAAAAUGGCUAUACUGACACUGUUUUAUGCACAUCAAUAUCUGUGCGGCAGUGAAACGUGAUCUGUGAACAUCUGCUGGGCCGCUAUUUGUCUUGCUCAUCUCUAGUGGUGAUGGUGACUGGGCGAUGAGGUUGGUGGCCUUUCGACCUGGAAGAAGAAAAAGGAUGUCUGGCACUCUCUCAAAACUGUUUGGCUUUCUGGCCUUCUCUAACUGAUAAUUUGUUCUUUCGUUUUCGUGCCUUUUCUUCCUUCUGUUUGCAACAACCUGGACAGCAAAAGAAAUUUAUUUCUUGUUGAAAAUGUAGCACAGGA